GGCGUGAAGUCGCGUCGACGGCGUCGACCUUACCGUCCGGGUUUCCGGUAGGCCGCAAGGGCUCCAUCCUGUUGCUCGACGCGGACCCCUUCGCCACGAGUGUUUGGGGGCUGCUGAGUCAACCCACCAUGAGCAGUUCUGGCAUUGUUAGCGGAGCGGUUGGUGGCGGAUCCGGUACGGCAAGCGUUACGGGGAUGACUGCCGCCGCCGCCGCUGCUGCUGUUUCUGCCGGCAAGGCGAUGGCUGCGGCGACUACGGCCGCCGCCACCACAGCUGACGCUACGAAUAUGGCCUUGUUCGCAGCAGAGAGCAGUGGACCCAUGGCCCCGCACGAAUUGUCGCUGUCGUCGUCGCCGGCGGGUGCUGCAUACGCGGCAGCAGCCUUACGAGAUCCCUUCACACGACGAUCUGACACCUCCCGUGGAGGAUCUCAGCUGCAUCUUGGUGGUGGCGGUGGCGGUGGUGGAUCCCACCGGGAGCCGUUCACCCUCGGUGGGUCGUUGGUACGUCAGUUCGAGGGGCCGCUUGGGCGUCAACUGUUGGCUCCCGAGGCUCCCACGCCGCGCCUUAGUCAGCCGCUGCAGCACAGCCCGCCGCAGCAGCCGCUUUCAGCUGAGCACAGUCGUCAGGCGGUGACGGCUGUUCAGUCGGGAGCACCCGGAGGCCAACAGGAGCAGCAGGGCCAGGGGCAACAGCGGCAGGUGCAGGGCCAAUCGCAGCAGCAGCAGCAGCUGAACCAGCAGCAGCAGCGGUCCACGGGAACCUGGGCCUUGUCGGCCGCGGCCACAGUGGCGAGGCACCGGGCGAGUCUGCGAGGGAGGUCGCUGUUGCGACACAGCAGCAUUGAGCGGACGGAUAGCGUCAGCCCUAGAAGCACCACCACCGCCCAGCACAACAGCUCCCACCAACACCACCGCAGCUUUGCUGAGAUCUUCCGUACGCUUGCCUUCCCACGCGGCUCGGAUGUCGCCCCUCCCGCCGGCCGCACGCGCAGCAGCGGCAAUGUCUCGCUAGGCCUGGGCAUGUUGGGCACGUGGGUCGGUUCCCACACCGGUCGCAACCUCACCGGCACCCCCACCAGCCAACACGGAAGUCACACCAGCCACGCCAACAGCCCCGGUCAUAGCCCCAGCCACCAUAACCCCCACCACCCCCAACACCACAGCUCACGCCUGUACGCACGCCUGUACGCGCAUCACCACCACAAUAAACACAACCAGCAACCAGCGCACAACCAGCACAACAGCCAUGGCCCCAACCACCUUCGCAGUGGCCAUCAGGCUUCGGCUGACGUCGAGGAUUCCGUGGAUGACGUAGGCAGCGUACGCAGCGCCGUGGGUGGUGUGUAUGCCAGCGAAAAAGGCAGCCGGAGUUAUACAGCUGCUCGGUCCAACCGAAGCUUCGUAGUCCCCACUCCACGCAUCCCCAGCUCUCCUGCGCUUCCGCGUGUGGUUGCUUUUGCCUCUUCGCUGCGUCAUGCGCCGCCGCCUGUGCAGCAGCUGCAGCAGCAGAUGUCGCUGAAACGAACCUCCAGCCGCACCUCUCGCGUGGACAGCUCGCACUUGGAUAGCCGGCAGCUGGACAGUCCCACCUACAUCAUCAACAUGGCGAUGGGGGCGGUCGUAGUUGGCGGUGGAGCAGGCGGCGGAGGGCAGCAGGGCAGUCGUCCGGACUCUGCUAUUGCCUCGCCCACGUUCACAGAACGCCAGUCGGGUGCUGUAGCGUCAGGUGCGAUGGGAACGGUGGUGGUGACAGACGAGAGAGCGCUGCAGCCGUCAGGUGGCUGUGCUGGACCCUACAUGCCCAUGUCCCGUAACAGUGCCGGCAGCGGCGCGGUGCUUCCGCUGUCGCGUCAGCAGCUGACGUCACCUGCUGCCGGCGGAGGUGGCGGAUUCCAGGGUAGUGCGCCUGCGGUCGCUUGUGGGAACGCAGCGGGGGCGGCAGAUCUGCGGGAUGCCUUCCUAGGCGCGGGCGCGGGACAGCGCCUGUCAGUGAGCGGGCCGGCCGCUGCCGUCGCGUCCGUCGCCACCGCCACAGGUAGCGAUGUAGUGCUUUCUGUGGCCGCUGGAGGACAGGGGGAGGCGGAGGGAAGCAAGGCGGCAAGCACAGGCGUGGGAGGCGCGAGUGACGCCACGGUGGAGGUGGAGGCGGAGGAAGAGGUGGAGGGAGAGGGCGAGUUGGAGGUGGAAUGCUGGCAGGAGGUGACGGCAACACGAACCGUGGACACGGCCACCGGGCAGGCGGUGUUGUUGUUGACGCAGGUGGACGUGACGGCCAAGGUCCUUGCAGAGCGGCACAUCGCACGUGUUUCGGAGACGGAGCAUCGACUUUUAGAGGAGAUCUUCCCUCGUCACGUGCUGGCCUACAUGACGGAGGAAGGUGGCCCCUGGGCCGGCCACGGCGGUGGCUCCCUGCACCACCGGACUGCCGGCUGGCGACCCGUGGUUCGCGACAUUAACAAGCUGGCCACAUCGCAUGAUGAGGUUACCCUGUUGUUCGCUGACAUUCAAGGCUUUACGCCCAUGUGCAAAAUCCUGGAGCCGCGUGUGGUGAUGACAUUCCUCAACGACCUCUUCACUCGCUUCGACCGACGACUUGACGAGUUUGGCGUGUACAAGGUGGAAACCAUCGGCGACUGCUACUUCGUGGUCGGGGGACUUGUGCAGGAGGAUGAGGACGGAAUGCUGACUGUCCGGGAGGGCGGAGGUCGGGGGGAUCGACAGCAUGCGGAACGCGUCUUCAUGUUUGCAAAGGCGAUGCUACUGGCGGCGUCCCAAGUGACGUUGCCCACCACGGGAUGUCCAGUGCGCAUGCGCAUCGGCAUUCACUCGGGGCCAGUGGUGAGCGGAGUAGUGGGGCAGCGCAUGCCUCGCUUCUGCCUCUUCGGCGAUGCCGUCAACACAGCCUCCCGCAUGGAGAGCACGGGAGUCGCGGGCUGUAUCCAUGCCUCUGAUGCCUCCUGGCGACUGCUUAGCAACGAGGCGUGGGUGCCUACCGGAGGCAUCGAGGUUAAGGGCCGCGGCCUCAUGCAAACGUACCUAUGGGCGCCCCCAUAUGCGGACCUACCUCCGGAAUCUCAAGCCAUCCUGCAGAAAUGCAUGCAAGCAGCAACCGCGUCCGGAGCGACUAUGACGUCGUCAGCAGCAGCCACAACGUCAGGAGCUGCGACGAACAUAGCUGCUGGGGCCACAGCACAACAGCCCAUGCAGCGGCAAGGCUCUCGACAAGAGCAGGGACAGCAGCAGCAGCAGCGAGGGCGACAGGCGGGUUGGGUCGACUCAGUCGCAGCUUGCAGCCAAAAUGGGCAAGAUCAGGUUCUGUUAAGAAACCGUUCUUUGGUAUCGACCGCUGCUGCUGCUGCAGCUGCUGCUGCGGCUAGUAGCACCGUUGCUUCUUCCAUCGCUUCCUGUGUUGGCGGCGGCGAUGGCCGUAGUCAUGGGGCAGCUGCAGCAGCUACUGCUGCUACCGCUACCGCUGUUGCUCGAAUGACCGCUCCGGCGACCGCCACGUCGGGCAGCAAUGUCCAAGACGCUGCUGUGGAUAGCUGCAAUACACUCGCGGCGCUGCUACUGUAGGCAAUGAGCCUGGGUGUCCAUUUUGCGCUAUGCCACUUUCGCAGUGCAAGGUAGGACAGGCCAGGAUACCUAAAUCUCUCACCUGAUGCUGUGAUUUUGAGCCCAUGCUUGGAGCCCAGCACGAGAGUACCGAUAGCAAGCAGGGGAGCAGCAGGAAUGAAGCUGGCCCAUGAAUAUUUUGCCACGGUUGCCUCGCAUCUGAGUUUAUUUCUAUGCUGUGAGAGAAUACGCCUGCUGUGGCUGUUUGUGAAUGUGCAAACACCGACAGUUAAUGCAGCAACUGAAGAUACGGAAGAUUUUAUGACGGUUGGGAUGUUGUCUAUCGACGCUAUCGGAACACCGCAGAUUGCGGUGCAACAACAGCCUAGGUACUAGAGUGCCCUUGCAAGCUGUGGUGCAGCAAAAGUUAUAGGCGCAUCUCACCAGCUGCAAACGCUUUGAUGUGCCAUGAGCGAGUGUGUCGACUGGGGAGCGCAUUGGGUGCCAUAGUUGGGUAAGGUAUACUACCGAGCGAAAACAUAUGCGGCAAAAAUGCAUUGGACAGUAGUUAACAGUGAUGAGGCCGUACUAAGCGAGGAAUAGUGUGAGUGAACUUGUCUGGAGCUCACGGCGUGCAGGAUAGUGGAACGGGAUGCGAGGAGAACAAUGCGGUGUGUUAAUAAUGGCUGUCGACGGAGGUCUUGAGAAGGGUAUUUUAUUUGGGAAGAGGUGGAGAGGUGCUCGGCUGAACUACUGCGAACUUAACAGGCGUGGUGAAAAGCUACGAGCAUUGAUGUGCACUCUCGUACGUUUGUACGGCGGAUUUUGGUUUCACUUUUGGCUCGGCAGUCCUUGCCUUUGCUUGGAAUCUUAGCCUCAUGUGCGCCGUGAUGGGCCAUCAUCUAUCACCUUGGGCCUUUUGGGAGCCCUCAAAAACUGCUGCUGCUCCUACCACCAUGUAUGCAUGUACACACGCGGGUUGCUCAAGGCAAGGCCCGGGGCGGUGCCCUGGACGUUGCCCUGGAGUCACAUUUAGGGUUUUAGGGUUGUCCCCUUGGUCGCCGCGCGCGGCGAGAUUAAAGCAGUAUAUUUAUGGAGAGGUACCGGUAUGCGUGAGUCGUUUGGGCUUUGGGCGAACGAUUUUGGCACCAUCUUCAUAUGUAUCCAUUUUUGGGGCGGAGCCCAUAGGCUUGGUUCUGUCUAACUUCAGUAAGGCACCCGCCAUGAACUUGGGCGCAUUGCGCGCAAUGGAAAUUACGCUGAAAAUGGGAUGGUUGCGCGCAACGGUCCCGCGCAACACGCCCAUGUUCCUGGCUUACAAAUUCGCCUCGUUUUACACCGCAGAGCGUAUCUUUGGGCAUAAUAUGGUGUCCUCUUAUUUUAGCGUAAAAUGGGAC